AAGGAUAUAAGCACUAUAUAUUUCGUGCUGGCAGUGUUUCUCUUCCUCCCACCUCUUUCCAUCUCUCUAUAUCCUCAUAUCUACUUUCUAUUGUGAAUCCUCAUGUCUAACAACUUCCGUAAACUCGAUCGAGCAGUCUCCGACGGAAGUCUGGCUGCACGUCUGAGCACUCUACACCAUUUUCGAUAUGCUACGAACGAAAUAAUGAAAUUCGAUCACUUGGAAGACUGCGAUUUGCAGCCCUACGGGGAAAAGAUCAUCACUCUGACGGAGGUUGCACGCUGGACGCUUAGACAGAGGAUGGACGUGUCCCUGAUCAUGCUCUGUUCAAAGGAACACGUGCCUUACAAGGCGGCUUACUUCAAAUUGCUUGUCUGGAUCAGACGCCGCAGGUCCGCAUUCCCCACUAACAUCGACGAUCGAAUCAAUUCGCUCUUGGAGGACAUAAACCAUGAAAUAGUUCUACGCACCAGUGGAAUUGACCCUCGCGUCCAAUUGGGCAUUGAGGAAUUACUAAUCGUCGAGACUGCUGCUGUCUCGUCGACAUAAGAAUUAUGCACCAGCUGUUCAGAAAUGGGUGCCUCCUUUUCCUCAAAGGCCGUUUGUUCGCGGAUUUUGUACGAAAGCCCAACACUUUGAGGUUGACACUAGGAAACAAUCAUUAAGUUGAUAUUCCUUUCAAGCGUUCUUACCUGGACCCAACGGCUACCGCAUUGUACUUCAAAUCACAACCCUCAUCUGCUUCUUGUCGUCAUGAAUAUGGAAUCCAUCCACGCACUCCGUAGUAUAUGUAAUGAAAGAACGUCAUACCCUUUCGUCAUAGGGCUGUUCUUUUGUAAUUGUAAUUGUGCCUAUAUUGCCCAUGCUACUGCUAUCGCCAGACUUCGACAAUCUAUCUUCCUCGGCCGCACCGUUGAUCCUUGAAGCUUGAAGCCUGGAGUCAUUUCCCUCGGGAUCCCGCCCCCUAAUUCGCAAUGUCAUCUAUGUACUCCUUUCACUUGUAACUAGACCUCGGC